CUGAACGGGAUCCAACACACGCGAUUCGAAUUGUAUUCCCUUUGCGGCCGUAGAGCAAGCCCUAUACCGCAACGUUGCCAUGUGGAUAUAUAUAUGUUUGCGAGGCCAGAGACUGGCAACGUCUUCUCGAGAACAGCCGCACUCCAUCAACUACCAUAGGUAUCGGCAUGUGGCACACGCCCAUCCUGCUGUCAUUGUUCGCGGCAACACUGUUCGGGGCCAAAGCUGAUGACCUGAAUGUCGAGCGUAUAACAGCACAGAGGUCCCUAGCCGCACCCGACCACCUUGUCGAUUUGGGAUAUGCGCUGUACAAGGGGUACCACGACGCCGGCACCGACCUCAAUGUCUGGCUAGGGAUCCGCUACGCUGCGCCGCCGCGCGGAGCACUACGCUGGAAAGCGCCGCAGACACCGGAGACGGAUCGCAGUGUCCAAGACGCCUCCGAAUAUGGCUCCGUUUGCUUCCAGUCAUAUCCUGCGAUCGCUGGCGCACCGCCGAUGCCAGAAGGUGACGAAGACUGCUUGUUCUUGAACGUGUACGCGCCGUCUGGCCCCCGCGCGAAGAAGCUUCCCGUGUUGAUGUGGAUUCACGGCGGCGGGUAUGGCUGGGGCGACGGACGGACCGACAUGAGUGCCAUGAUUAACGACAACGACAAUGCCUUCAUCGGCGUGUCCAUUCAGUAUAGACUCGGGCCCUACGGCUUCCUCUCGUCCAGCGAAGUCAAUGCCAAAGGCGUCCCCAAUGCGGGCCUCCUCGACAUCGCUUUCGCUCUGGAGUGGAUCGAAAAGCACAUCCACCGCUUCGGCGGCGACAACACCCGCAUCACCGUGUCCGGCGAGUCCGCGGGUGCAGGCGCCGUGCUGCUUCUCAGUCUUGCACCGAGUCUGAAGUCAAAGUUCCAGAGCAUCGCUGCGUCGCCGUAUCUGCCGGGCCAACACGCCUACGAUGGCGACGUCCCAACACAGAAGUACUACUCAUUUGCAGCACAGGCGGGCUGCGGAUCCUCAGGACCGGUGCUUGACUGCCUCCGCGCCAAAGACGCUGCUGUCCUGCAGCUUGCGAACUUCAACGUCACGACCUCAGGCAAGGUAUACCGCACGUGGGCCUUCGACCCCGUGACAGACGGGACUUUCACCACCGGCCUCCCUAGCAAGAUGCUCUCCAGCAGCAGGACCAAACUAAACGGCCGCGCGAUCCUCGUUGGCACCAACGCGAACGAGGGCGCGCUGUUCGUCCCACAGGACGAAAUCAGCACGCUGGAGGAUCUCAAGGCGUGGCUGGCGCUCAAAUACCCCUUUUUCAGCGCGCAAGACGUAGAAAAGGUACUCGCCAUGUAUCCCAACACCGACGCCCCGGACGACCCCUCUGCAGCAAAGUUCGCCACCAACGGGCUCACGGGCGCAGCAAAUACAAACAUGAGCCAGGUCGCCACGGGGCAUCUGCAGCGCGCGAACGCCAUCAUCGGCGAAGCAACCUUCAUCUGCCCCUCCUACUGGCUCUCCACGGCCUACACAGCCUCCUCCCGCCCAUCCUUCCACUACCAGUACUCGGUCCCCUUCGCCGCCCACCUCGAAGACGUGUACGCCUACUUUGGGCCCAACCAACCCCAACAACCCCCCUCUUUUUCCCGUGCGUUCCGCAACAUCUGGGGGAACUUCGUCACGCGAGGCGAUCCCUCGGUGGCAGGUGAACCAGGGCUUGACAGCUGGCCGAGGUGGAAAGAAGGUAGAGAGGCGCAGAUGGUGAAUUUGAACACCACGGGUGGGACGGCGUAUACUGCGACGACGCAAUUUGGCGUGCAGGUGACGCAGUUUGAGGAGCCCGGGGUGCGGAAUCAGUUUGGGGUUGUGGGGGCGUGGGGGUGGGAAGGAGGACGGGGGGAGAGGUGUGAGGUUUGGAGAGAGUUGGUAGGCAGUGUGCCAACGUAGGGAGUGGGCGCGGUGUUGAAUUUGGUUUGGUCUGGGAGAGAUAAGAACGGUGUGCGUGGGCGUGAGGGCGUUGAUACACCUCAUAUGAAAUUCUCGGUGUAUAUAUUCGGGAGGCGCGUUCCGUCCGUCUCUUUCGACGAUUGCACGCUCCUGUGCCUGCAUUCGGAUGACGAAGACACAUAU